AUGGAUACCUCGAUGCCCCUAGUAGGGAGAAGCCGGGCGAUUUUCACCGUCUGCGUAACCACGGAUUAUACUGACUGUGAGCAGGCACUGUUUACGUUCCUGAAUAUCUGCUGCAUUAUUGGAACUCAAAAUGGUGUUGGCCAUAAACUUGCGGACUUUACGAGCCUGGACACACUCCAAAAGGCCAUGCUGUGGUGGUGGCUAGGUCAAAUGCUCUACAUCUGGUCAUCGGCAGUCGCCAAGGUUUCAAUCGCCCUGGCCCUUAUUCGUUUGACAGUACGGAAGAUACACAUGGUUAUCCUUUGGACCGUUAUUGCUGUCGUCAUUGCGAUCGGUCUUAUGUUCUGGCUCGUCCUGCUCUUUGACUGCAAUCCAGUCUCCUACUUUUGGGAGCGCCUUAAUCCAACCAACUCGGGGACAUGCUUAUCGACCGAUAUCCUUCUCGCCAUCGCAUACCUUUAUAGCGCACUUACCAUUUUCUGCGACUUUACCUUGGGAAUAUUCCCUGUCUUCUUGGUUUGGAAAUUGCAGAUGAACCGGAGGACAAAGGCUGCUUUGGGUGGAAUCCUGAGCAUGGGCGCUAUGGGGAAGUAUCCCCUGUCGAGCCUGACCGGAAAUACCUCCAAGACCGCCCCCUCUCGCGACCCCAGAUACUGGCGUCCAGAUAUUGCUUCGGAUGAUACGUCUACUUUUGUUGUAACUUCGGUAUCAUCGCCGGACCGUCUUCACGGCAAUGAUAAUAGCAGUCAAGAGGUUCUGUACCCUGUGCCGGACCCCUGGACGCCCCCAAACAGUGUCAAUGUCCAUAAAACGUUCCGCGUUGGAGAAGAGGAGGUCUGA